ACUCAGUCACACUUUCCUACUCUGGCAUAGUAAUUGUUGUGGCCAAUAUCUUCCAUAGCUUGGACUUUUCCCAGAUGUAUUCAUAACAGAUACAGAAACAAGAUGCAUCAGUUAACAGGCACACAAUUACCUUUUGAUGGUGGGGGCAGUUCUUGCCCAAUGCUUCUAAAUGCAGAGCAAUGAAAUCACCUGUAACCAAAUCAGCACCCUGUGCUCCCUGCUGAGAGAGCCUCUUCUUUCACUACAUAGUUAAUUUGUAAGGCAAACUCUUCUAAGUAGCAGUCAGGACCUGUUCAUUUUCAGAGGACACCACAAGUUUGUGGCAGUGGGUACAUCACUCACCUGGUGCCCUGGUCUCUGCCCAUGGAUAAGGGCAGCCCGCACAGGCUAACGGAGUGGGCAGGAGCUGCUGACACCACCCCAGCAGCAUGUGACCUUUGAGGAGAGCUCAGAGGCAGUGUCACACCCACUGCCAGCAUAAACACUUGCUCUCCGAGGUAGCAGAAAUAUGUGCUCAUCCCUUCCCUGUCCAAGUUUCUUCCUGAGACAUGAGUGUUGCCUCCCCACGAGGAAGCCAAUGGCCCUUGGCUGUGUCAGAGCUGCUUUCUGGCUGCCCAGAGUAGACAAGGAAGCCUGCUACUGCCCAUAGCUGAGGGAGCUACUGGGGAAUGGAAAUGAGGGAGCGUGGGGGCACAUACGGUCUUACAGCCAGGGCAGAAAUCUGUUGAUGUUGUAUUAUAUGGAGCUGAUGUCCCUUGGGGUUUGUCUGUGUUAAUAGGCUGCAACAUGAGUAUUUAUCCUGAACUGUUGUCCCUAUGAGGAGUUUAACAACAAUUGGUUUUUUUAGUCUUUAUAUAAUGCUGUCCAAGUAAAGGUGUAAAAAGAAUUAUCUACUUAAAAUGGCUAAACCCCGCUGUGUGCAUAUUUGGUCUUUGUUAUAGAUGUGACGUGUAAAUCAGUGGGGCAUUGGGUCAGUGUAGCUGGGAAUAAGCUGAAUUUCCACAAAGAGUUUAACUGAUUUAACUGCUCUGGCUUAAUGAGGUCUUUUAAAUGAGGCUAAGUAAACUAAGAUGGUACAUACACGAAAACUGCUAAUGUUCGUCAUCUUUAAAAAUGCAAUGUGAUGCUAAAAAUAUCUGGUAAGACACCUGACCUUGUUUUCUUAUAAAUAAUUUUUAUGGCCAGACUCACGAGUGUGGCCACUGAUGUUACAGCAGCACAAAAUGGCAGAGGGAUGCCAGACAGCAAUGGCAUGCCAUGUCACUCUUUGCCAAAGAAAUACCGACUUGCUGGGUACCUUCCCUACUUUAGUGCACCUCCCAGUCUCCCCUUGCACACAAGGCUCCCUUUCUUGGCAGAAGGCAAUCUCAAACAGUGGUGUCCUGCAAAAUGCACUGCCCUGGGUAUCAUCCACGGGCAUGUGGUAUUUCCGACCAAGUGGGAUCUUCCCCUGCUCCCCUUGGAACUCUGGCACUGUUCAGUAAAAGCAUCAAGAAUAAGUGGCUGCAGACAGGGAAAAGUGAUGCUUUGUAGGCUAGUAAUCAAAGUUCUCCUGUGUAUGAGAGUGAAGGUGGGGGCCUGAGGUCAUUAAUUCACAUAGUGAUUACUUAGAGGAAAAUGCCACAGGAGUCCUGGAUGCAUGGGGCUGCACAGUUAUCUAACCCUGUUUUGGAGUGCUGUGUGGCCAAAUUCCAAGAAAGUGCUUGCUCUCCUCCUACGAAACUGCCUAUGAGCUUCUUUGGUCAAGGUUUUCUCCUGGCAGAGAAGAGGUGCUGCUUCUUCUGUGGAGGAGAGGGCAUCUGUGCUCCCCAGUUCUUUCUGAGCAUUUUGACCUCUGGCUUCUGGUGUAAAAGGGAAAAUGGGAGCAGCAGCAUCACCUACUUUUGCCCAUAUCUUAGAAGAAUCAAGUGAGGCUCGUUAGGUCCUAAACUUGCUAGAAGACUUGUUUCCAGCUUAUACAAAUGGCAGUGGCUGAAGGGGCCUGCUGGCAGACUGGAGAUAUCUGGCUGAGCUCUGGAGAGGAGCAGAAUUUCUGGCAUCCUUUCUCCAAUACAUCUUGAUGACUUGCCUCCAGGCAUUUGAAUUUUUUUAGAUCUGCUUCUGUAAAUCUAUAAGACCUAGACAUGGACAUGGAAAGAGUGAGAGUGAGCAGGUGCCUGAAUUUAGCUACUGUCUCCUGGAGCUGAUGCUGUGAAAUGGGAAAAUAGGUAGUAAGGGGCUGGGACAACUGCAUUUAAGUUCUGUUUUCAUGAAAAUGAGCUCCUCUGUCUCCCUAGUCGCUGACCAUCAAGAGCUUUGCUCCUUAUUCUAUACUCCCAUUUACUGAAAGAAAUCUCUUUUGUCUGGAGAAAUCCAGGGAGCGAAAGAUCAUCCAUUUCUUACCAGCAUUUCAGUGAGACACCUUUCACUUGCAGUCUGACUCUCUCAAUGUUCCAUGCAUGCAGCCAGUCUGAUGGUUUGCUCAUGCUGCUCCUCACAGCAGUCUGUGUUCCUUGGAGCUGAGGUAGUGCUCAAGACGGCUCUGCUGAGGCAGGAGAAUCACUAAUUUCAGGCUCCAGAGUCUCAGCUUUCAUUUAAAGCCAACAAAACCAAGAUGGUGGAAUGCAUGCCAUUGUUACAAUUGUGACGAAAAUCUUUAAAGGGGGAAAGCCAUCUUAAGAAACUCAGAGAGUCUGUUGGAGCUGAAACAGUAGUGAUGGAAGUUGUCUGCACUGCUGAGCUGACUUCAGGUGGCUUCGUUUACAUUAUUAUUGAGUACAUGAGAUCAAAAUCUGUUUUAAAGGAAAGACAGUGUAACAUCAUGAAAAUAAAAGUGCCGUGGUUUUUUUUGUAAUCGCCUUCUCUGUUUUUCCCAUGACUCUGAAGUUGGGGGAUGAAGGAUAGGAGGUGGAGCAGGUGGAGCUGAAGGAUGUGCAAACCCUACUAAGGUAGCCAUAGAAAUAGCAGCCUUUGAUCAAGCUGUUCUAUAAGUUUGGUAUAUAAGACAGCAUAAACAUCUUAAACCAGAAAUGUUUGCAGAGGCCACUAAUUUGCAAAUCCUGUGAUCUGGACGUCUAGUGGAGUACCUUUGGAGCCACAUUGGAACAGGCAUGGAGCACUUGGAAGUGAAAGAUUACCAAGGGUCCAGGACUGCAGCAUUCACAGAGCUGAAAUAUCUUCUUCUCUAAUCCUGCCUCUUGCUAUUGGCCUUUAAAGCCAUACAAAUUUUCUAUCUGAUUUUUCAAACUAUGUAAUUAUAUAGAAUAUCCUCCUAGCCUGUUUUCCCCUUUCAGAUCAGCACAUAUUCCAAAACUGAGGCAAUGCCUGUAUGCUUGAAUAGUUCUGCAUGCCCUGCCAUAGAGCAAGGGUAAGGGAAGAUUUUGCUGGUCAGGUUUGUGUAAGUAUCAUGCCUCAGGAAUCAAUAACAAAGGGGAAUCCCUAUAGAAUUGGGCAUGUGCAUCUUGUGAGCAAAUGGUAAGUCUGCUCUUCACCUGAGGUUUUGAGGGUGAGCCUGCAGCAGAGUACCACUUCUGGGACAAAAGGCCAGCUCUCAGUCGUUCAGACGCCCUGCCACAAACUGCUUUGCAGCUGGCAAAUACCUCGGUGCCCACUUCACUGGCAUGGCCAGGGGGAACCAUGCUAUCAAAAAGCAACCUUCUACAUAAACCCUACUUUAAAUUGUCCCUAAGGAGGGAGAAGAAAGAAGCUAGCCCUGUUAGCUCACUCUGUUUAGACUUUAAUUUCUCUCAGAGAUAACAGUGUCUGCACUGAUCUUCCAGAGGCCUUCACAUGGAGGCCUUCCUCUCUGUUCCAGUAACAAUAAACCUUGUCAGCAGACUGACAGCCUGCCAGAUAAGACUCAGGAAUUACAGCACAUUGCACAUGUUGAUGGACUUCAAGGAUGUACAACAAGAGAAUGAGACAACUGGGAGUACUCAGUCCUGAGAAGGCUAAAGGCAGAUGGGGGAUCACAUUGCUGUCUUUUACUACUCAUUCGGAGAAAAUCCAGCCCAGCUUCUGGGAUGUGAACAGUAAAAGGGUGAAAGGCAGGAGGUGAACCAGCCUGCCUAAGCUCAAGAGACAGCCGGUUUGACACUGAGGAGCAACCCAGAGCAAUGUCCCUGGCUGGGGUAAGCUGUCUGGUGACAGGAGCAGGAGGAUUUCUUGGCCAGAGGAUUGUCCACUUGCUUUUGGAAGAAGAGGAGGCUCUGGCUGAGAUCAGACUGCUGGACAAAGCCUUUAGUGAGGAAGCACUCGGCAGAUUUGAAAAGUUCAAGGGUAAGACUGAGGUGAAAAUCCUGGAAGGGGACAUCCGAGAUGUGACAUUCCUGCACCGUGCCUGUCAGGGGGUCUCCCUCGUCAUCCACACGGCUUCCCUCAUUGACACCCUGGGCCUCAUAGAGAAGAAGUUGCUCUGGGAAGUCAAUGUAACAGGUACUCAGCUACUGCUGGAGGCAUGUGUCCGCUGUAACGUCCAGCAGUUCAUAUACACCAGUACCAUAGAAGUGACAGGCCCAAACUGCAGAGGUGACCCAAUUUUCAAUGGUGACGAAGAUACAGCUUAUGAGAGCAUCUCGAAAUUUCCUUACGCGCAAAGUAAGAGAGUGGCAGAGGAUUCUGUGCUGAAAGCAGAUGGCCAGGUGCUAAAGGAUGGCGGCACACUGAUGACUUGUGCCCUGAGAUCCAUGUACAUUUUUGGAGAAGGAUGUCCGUUUCUUCAAGGUCAUCUGGACAAGUGCCUGUUGAACCAAAAUGUCUACCUGCGCUUCUCCAGGAAGGAGGCUUUGGUGAACCCUGUGUACGUGGGGAAUAUUGCCUGGGCACAUGUGCAGGCGGCCAAAGCCCUGAGAGCCCCGCAGAAAGCCAAGCAUGUCAGGGGGAAGUUCUACUACAUCUCAGAUGACACUCCUCACAUGAGCUACGCAGAUCUAAAUUACGAGCUGACCAAGGACCUGGGGUUUGGAAUCGAGCCCAAGCUCCCCAUGCCUCUGACAAUGUUGUAUUACUUCUCACUGCUGCUGGAGAUCGUGAGCUUCUUGCUCCGGCCCUUUGUCAGAUACAUCCCCUCCACCAACCGUCACCUGGUCACCCUCCUGAAUACUCCAUUCACCUUUUCUUAUAGAAAAGCACAAAAGGAUUUUGGCUAUGUGCCCCGCUACACGUGGGAAGAAGCCAAGCAGUGUACUGGGUGCAGGGAGGGCCAGCAGAAGGUGAAGUGGAGAGAUGGAUCCAAGCACCCACACCCCCUGAGCACCGUUGGGUUUGCAUCUGUGUUGUCUUUCACUUCAGGUGUCUGCUCAAAGUGGUGAAGUGCCUGUAAUAAAAAAUACCGAAAUCCUGAGGGAAUGGGUACCUGAACACAUUACUCUGCUGCUCAGCAGAGAGAGCCUGUGCAUGCUAUUACCCAAUAACAAACACAAGCCAAUAAAGAUAUUCUGAGAACAGG